CACACUCCGCUGUGUGUCGAGUCAUUUGGCGCUGAGCACUUCCAGGAUCCGCCUCCCGACCCUCAGCUGCUCUGGUCCGGCGAAGGAGGACCAGCAGCCAGACGGCAACGCAAGCGUGACCGCUUCACUUCCUGGAUGGAAGACAGCGAACAUCUCUAAACCCGCUUCGCAUUGACGCAGAUCAUCGGCGAAUAAUGACGACGCGUGAUCCAUGAGAGCCCACUUUCCCCUUCCUCCUCCUUCCCGACGGUAGUUCAGGACGAUUGAUCGCCGGCUGACCGCUAUUCAUCCCGGGAAUGUUGCUUUCUGGAACCUCGCUACAGGCGCGGAGGAGCCACAUUUCCAACUGUUUGUGCACACUCGCCGUGUGCGUAACAUUCUGCGCUUCCCAGCAAAAACCAGCGGCGGAAUACAUUUGAAAGCAGUGUAGUCUUUAACAGUUGUUGGCUGACGUCUCGCCUUCGCGGCUGCGGUGUCAACUUCGCCUGUAUGUGAUUUCCUUUCCCCGACGAGGACGAAAAAACACUUGAAAGUUUGACACCGAACGCCUUCUUGUUGCUCUCCAUGAGUAGACGGACAUGCAGGGAAUACGGGAAUCGAGUCACCGGUGGAUUUUACCCCUCCUUUUCUUUCUAACCUUGCUCAAACACAAAGCCUGUCAUCCUGUUGCAUCAGGUGGAGACCUGCAGCAUGUUGCUCCCAGGCUUCCUGAGAACAUAGCGAGGGAGAGGAGAGCAGCUCUUGACCCCUAUUGGUCAUAUUCAGGAAGCCAUGGACCUCGAGGCUGGUCAGCAUUGUACCAAGAAUGUGCAGCGAAGAACCAAUCACCAGUGGACAUCGUGGAUGAACAGGCUUUAGUUUUGGAGGAGUACCAGGAGCUGGUGCUUGACAUGUUCCACACUCAGUCCUCUAAUCAGACCACCAUGAAGAACACUGGAAAAACAGUUGCAGUUUUCUUGAAGAAUGACUACUUUGUUCGAGGCGCGGGACUGCCAGGCCGCUUCAAGGCUGAGAAGAUGGAGUUUCACUGGGGCCAAAGCAGCAGCACAGCGGGAUCCGAACACAGCAUCGAUGGCAGGAGGUACCCUGUCGAGAUGCAGAUCUACCUGUACAACUCUGAUGACUUCGACAGCCUCAGCGUCGCCAUCAAGGAGCGACGCAUCAUUGCAGCCAUGACGGUUUUUUUUGAGUUGGGGCCCAAAGACAACCCUGCAGUGGAGCCCAUCAUCCAGGGACUGAAAGGAGUCGUUCAUCACGAAAAGGAGACAAACAUCCGCUCCUUCAUCCUGAGGGAUCUGCUGCCAUCAUCUGUGAACAGCUACUACCGAUACACUGGGUCUCUGACCACUCCGCCGUGCAGCAAAGUGGUGGAGUGGAUCGUCUUCUCCAAGCCAGUGUAUCUGUCACACACACAGCUGGAGGCUUUUUACUCCAUCUUCACCACCGAGCAACAGGACCACGUCAAGUCGGUCGAGUAUCUGUGGAACAAUUUCCGUCCCCGGCAGAGCCUCGACGGCAGAAAGAUCUUUAAGUCGGCUGUGAAAGAUGCAUGGGAGAGAGAUUUGACCGAGAACCAGGCCACGCAGGGCACGGAGGCUUCAAAGAUCUGCAGCAGUGCACCGGUGAACAUCAAGAUCCAGCCGCUGAACCAGACUGUGCUGACUGUCAGCUGGGAACGUCCUCUGACGGUCUACCACCCCCCCAUCACCAGCUACAUGGUCUCCUACAGCUGGGAGAGACGAGGGGUCGCUGACGAGAGCACCUUCACCAAGAUGGGCGAUCAAAGCACGAAAGCCGUCAUCACCAACGUGUCCCCCGACGUCUUGUACCUCUUCCGAGUGCAGGCGGUGUGUCAGCGCGACAUGCGCAGUGACUUCAGCCAAACCUUGUUGUUCACAGCCAACACAACCAGGAUCUUUGAAGGUUCACGGAUUGUCAAGACUGGGAUGCCCACAAUCUCGCCAGUGUCCUCGGCAGACAUGGCUCCUAUAAGCUCCGGCUCCUCCACGUGGACCUCCUCUGGCAUCCACUUCUCUUUGGUCUCCAUAGCAACAGGAACAGGUCCCUCCUCUAGUGGCAGUCAGACCACAAUGUCGUCGGUGGUCACCAGCACUUUGCUCGCAGGCUUGGGUGUCGGCGGAGGGGUCAUCUCCACUCUACCCAGCUCUAUUUGGCCCACUCAAAAGCCUCAGGCCACGCAGAAACCGACCCAUAUGUCAAAUCCCAGUGCAAAGUCCAACACGGAGCAAGCGACGCCACAGGCCUCUGAGACAGGAGCUCAAUCCAAGGAGGGCCAGGCGGCACGAGAGGGUGAGCAGGACGAUGAGGAAGGAGAGACAGAAGAGGAGCAGAAGGAUGGACAGGAAGAAAAGAAAAAGAAGGACAAAACCAAGAAGGAAGAAGCGCACACCAACAGCACAGUGGCCAAAGAUCCUUCAGCUCCCUCUCCCACUCCCACAGCCAAGGAGAAAGCCGAGGAGAGCGGCGGGGUCAACUCUACCACUGUGCCUGCGAGCACCACUGACAAACAGACGUUCGACGUUGACUUGACACCCACCGACGUAAAUGUAGUUUCAACCCUGGAGCCUGGGAACGACAGCGAAGAGAUCCAGAUCCCCCACAGCUCCACCGCGUCGCCCAAGAUCAGCGGUGACGGGAAAAACCUCUGGCCUUUUUCCGUCCACACCGACCGCACCACUUUGUCCAACGUGACCCGGACCCCUCAUGCUGCGAUGGGCAGGAUGGUUUGGAUCGUCCCCCUGGUGGUCGUGUCUGCUCUCACGCUGCUCUGCCUCAUCAUGCUGCUCAUUGUGAUGGUCUACUGGAGAAGAUUCUUCCAGACGGCUCACUUCUACGUGGAGGAGAGCAGCUCUCCCAGGGUGGUGGCCAGUGAGAGCAUUCCCUUCAUCCCCAUUCCAGACGACAUGGAGGCCAUUCCUGUCAAGCAGUUUGUGAAACACAUCAUGGAGCUGUACAAGAACAACCUGCAAGGCUUCUCUGAGGAGUUUGAGGAAGUCCAGCGUUCCACAGCCGACCUGAAGAUCACUGCGGAUCAUUCCAACCACCCUGACAACAAGCACAAGAACAGAUACAUCAACAUCAUGGCUUACGACCACAGCAGAGUGAAGCUCCGAGCUCUGGCAGGAAAAGACGCCAAACAUUCAGACUAUAUCAACGCCAACUACGUGGAUGGUUACAACCGUCCGAGAGCCUACAUCGCAGCUCAGGGUCCUCUCAAGUCCACGUUCGAAGACUUUUGGAGGAUGGUGUGGGAGCAGAACACCAGAAUCAUCGUGAUGAUCACAAACCUGGUGGAGAAAGGACGAAGGAAGUGUGACCAGUACUGGCCGACGGAGAACAGCGAGCAGUACGGCAACAUUGUGGUGACCCUUAAGAGCACCAAAGUUCACGCCUGCUACACCCUCAGACACUUUCUCAUCCGCAACACAAAAGUAAAAAAGGGUCAGAAGGGGAAUCCAAAGGGGAAGCUGAACGAGCGGACCGUGGUCCAGUACCACUACACCCAGUGGCCCGACAUGGGAGUACCUGAGUACACGCUGCCCGUCCUCACCUUCAUCAACCGAUCUUCAGCGGCUCGAGCCUCCAACAUGGGGCCCGUGCUGGUUCACUGCAGCGCCGGCGUGGGUCGCACUGGGACCUACAUUGUCAUCGACAGCAUGCUACAGCAAAUCAAGGACAAAAGCACAGUCAGCAUCUUGGAUUUCCUCAAACACAUCCGAACUCAGCGCAACUACCUGGUGCAGACGGAGGAGCAGUACGUCUUCAUCCACGACGCUCUGAUGGAGGCCAUCUUGAGCCGAGAGACGGAGGUUCCAACCUGGCAGCUGCACACGUACGUCAACAGCAUCCUCACGCCGAACUCGGCUAGUCACACUCGACUGGAGAAACAGUUCCGGCUGCUGACUCAGUGCAACACUCGCUUUGUUGAGUGCUUCAGUGCACAUAAGGACAGCAACAAGGAGAAGAACCGAAACUCAUCUGUGGUUCCCUCCGAACGAGCCAGAGUGGGACUGGCCACUCUGCCCGGCAUGAAGGGAACGGAUUACAUUAACGCGUCCUACAUCAUGGGCUACUACAGGAGCAACGAGUUCAUCAUUACCCAGCAUCCUUUGCCACACACCACCACAGACUUCUGGAGGAUGAUUUGGGACCAUAAUGCUCAAAUUAUCGUCAUGUUGCCAGACAACCAGGGCUUGGCGGAGGAUGAAUUUGUCUACUGGCCGAGUCGAGAAGAGGCCAUGAACUGCAUCGCUUUCACCGUCACGCUCAUCAGCAAAGACCGACUCUGUCUCUCCAGCGAGGAGCAGAUUAUCAUCCACGACUUCAUCCUGGAGGCCACUCAGGAUGACUACGUGCUGGAGGUCAGACAUUUUCAGUGCCCAAAAUGGCCAAACCCUGACGCCCCUCUCAGCAGCGCCUUCGAGCUCAUCAGAGUCAUCAAGGAGGAGGCCAUGACUCGUGACGGCCCCACCAUCGUCCACGACGAGUACGGAGGCGUGUCAGCCGGGACGCUCUGCGCCCUCACCACGCUGUCUCAGCAGCUGGAGAGCGAAGGCGUCGUGGACAUCUAUCAGGUGGCCAAGAUGAUCAACCUCAUGAGGCCAGGUGUCUUCACUGAUAUGGAUCAGUACCAGUACCUUUACAAAGCCAUGCUGAGCCUGGUCGGGAACAGUGAGUGUGGCCUGAGUCCUCACACAGACACUAACGGCGCCGUGAUCUCUGACGAGUCGGACCCCGCGGAGAGCAUGGAGUCGCUCGUCUGAGUCCGUCACCGGGCACUUAGUUUGUAAAAAGAAACUUUCCUGAGGCCUUUUUUUCAGCCAGACUUGAUCAAAAGAAUAACCUUAUAACUUUUUUAUACUUUUUUUUCCUUUCUUUUUUUAAUAUUUAUGUUUUCGUCCAUUUUUGUUUCUGUGAUCCUGCUGAGCGUUUGCAACCGUUCAUGUUGACUGAAGAAGACGACGAAGCAGCAGCAGUUGUGUCCAGUUUGCACUAUUCUAUCAGUGUUACUGCCGAAAUCCCGUCAGCGAGGACUCAUCUCACGGAGAGAAGCACCCGGAGCGCUGAGACCCAGAUGAGUGACCACUUCGCUCUCACCACGUGUCCAAAAUAGCCUGCUGCUGCUGUUCAAUGUUCUUUUCGGGGGGAUUCAAUGUGACGAUUUUUCUCUCUUACGUUACUGUUCUGCAAUAUCGUGCUCCAAAUAUCCAGCCAUUUUUUUUAUUUUUUCAUCUCCACCGUCGAUCCAUGUAUAUUUGUAUUAUUUCACUUUUAACAUGCACAAACAUGCUUAUUUACUUUAUUGUUACAGUCUUUUACUGAGAAUAAACGACUUGUGUUUAAGCAGAAAGCUAAAUAGUUCUACACUUUCUGUUUGGCAUGACUCAACAGAAGAAGUACAUAAAUGUCAAAGUGAGAGUAUAUUCAGUAUAAGUAGUGAUCGUGGUGGUAUCUCAUUGAGACAACUAGGAAAGAAGUCUGCGCCAGUUUUUAACACCAGGAAAUGGGUUAGUAAAUAUGAAGGAAACAUUUUUUUAAGGUGACUCCAUUCAUUCUUUUGACCUGAAGUAAAAUUUGGAUUUGUUUUUACUCCAAAAACCUCGCUAGUAAUUAAUUUUUUGUAGGUUUUUUUUUUUCUCCGCAACCUAAAUUACUCCAAUAUUUUACCCCGUUCAGAGCAUUUCACUUCGACAUUUAGUUUUCUAUCUGUUGCUGAUCAAAAGCUUCAAUUACACAGCAGGAUGUAAAGUUUAGUGGAGGCUUCUCGUGUGUUUUACGCUUUAUUUGCAACCAAAGAUGUGGAUUUUAGGUUUGUGUCAUUUGAAAGGCAAAGCUUGCUUUUUUGUUUCGUUUUUUUUUUAAUCCCUCCUCAGGAAUCACUCCAACUAUAUUCCCACCUUCAGAUUUGAUUUUGUCCGAUGACCAAACCUUUGAAUGGCUACAACAUUCCAGAACUCGCAGCUCUGUCGCUCAUCUCCCACUUUGGUUCUGUUGUCUUGUAACUUCUCCAGUGCGGAGGAGUUUUGCCUAUUAUAAUGAAACCCUCCAACAUUUGGAGACAUGUCCACCUUGUGAUGUUUGUGCCACAGAGAAAUUUGUUUUGCAUUGCAUUUGCUCAUUUAUUUUUUGUUCUAUGAUUAAAAAACUUCUGAGCACCAGUGGCUCAUUAACAAGAUAUCCUGUAAAGGUUUAUAUUUUCCUACUAAGAUGAGGUUUGUAAAGUGCCCUCUUAAAGAAUCAUCUUCUUAUCACCAGGUAGAGUUUCGAUUUUCCGUUUCUCUGAGCUCCACGCUGGUUUUUGACCGGACUUGAUGGAUGUUUUGGCUCAGAAGGCUCCAGACCUGCUCGCCUUGAGGAGCUCCCGGACGCUGGUUUGAGUGUUUGUAACGAAAGUGAAGGAAACGUGAUUUUUGCUCCUCAUCUCACUUAUUUUACUGACGGUGUCUCAGUGGACGAUUCCCAAGAUGCUUUCAUAUAAUCUUAUUGUAGUGUAAUGGUGUUAUUUAAUAGCUAUAUUGUAUUCUAUACAUCCAAUAAACUCUGGAUUUUU